AACUGGCAAGCAGCUGAGUGUCAGAGUUGAUAAGCUUCAUUUACUGCAGGCUCUUUAAUAAACAAGCAUGGCGAGCUUUUAGCUUACAGUACAAACUCUGCUGAAGGAAACUGAAGCAAUCUUGAGUACCCUGGGACUGAGAAGAGAAAUGGCGAUAAAAAGAGUUGAUCUGGAUCAGGACACAUUCUCUUGUUCGAUCUGUUUGGAUCUAUUUAAGGAUCCGGGGACUAUUCCCUGUGGACACAGCUACUGCAUGAACUGUAUUAAUGGCUUUUGGGAUGGAGAGGAAAAGAAGAAAAUCUACAGCUGCCCUCAGUGCAGACAGACUUUCACAGCGAGGCCUGUCCUGGUGAAAAACAUCAUAGUAGCAGAUUUAGUGGAGGAGCUGAAGAAGACUGGACUCCAAGCUGCUCCUGCUGAUCACUGCUAUGCUGGACCUGAAGAUGUGGCCUGUGAUGUCUGCACUGGAAGAAAAAUGAAAGCAGUGAACUCCUGUCUGGUGUGUUUGGUCUCUUACUGUGAGAAACAUGUUAAGCUUCAUUAUGAAUGUCCUGCAUUUGACAAACACAAGCUGGUGGAGCCCUCCAAGAAGCUCCAGGAGAACAUCUGCUCUCGUCACGAUGAGGUGAUGAAGAUGUUCUGCCGUACUGAUCAGCAGAGUAUCUGUUAUCUCUGCCCUGUGGAUGAACAUAAAGGCCACGACACAGUCUCAGCUGCAGCAGAAAGGACUGAGAGGCAGAGAGAGCUGGAGGUGAGUCGACAAAACAUCCAGCAGAGAAUCCAGGACAGAGAGAAAGAUGUGAAGCUGCUUCAACAGGAGGUG